GCGCAGUGUGUCACGGCCACUCGCAUUGUCUCCGCCAACAGCAGCGUGCCGUUCUCACUCGGCGGUCCGCUCCUACACGGCUCUCCCCAAGCGGCUGUACAUGCUUCCCAACGCGAUCGGAAUGAUACCUAACCGGGCCGUGAACCGAGCCAUCUGAAGCGGAUCGCAAUGUCUCACAAACGGGACCCGAACUCCAACCCAGAUGGGUUUAGGAUCCUGAACACCAGUGAACUGCGGGAUCUUUUGCAAGAUGAAGGAAAAAUUGAUCAGAUCGUCAAACUCAGUGAAAAGUUCCAGGAGAUGCAUUUGGCGCGGGACACCCUGCUCACCACCAACCGCAGCCUGGCCGAGGAGAGCCUGUCACUGCGGCCGUGUCUGCAGAAUGGCAAGCUGCAGCUGGCCCAGAAGUACCAGGAGCUGGAGAAGCUGAGCAGCGGCUGCCGGGACAAGCAGCGGCAGCUGGAGGGCUACGCAGAGAAGCGCAGCCUACAGACAGCGCAGAACCUACUCCAGGAAGAUAUGAUCCGCACUGAGGAGGAAUCCGAGGAUCUCCUGGAGAGGUUCAUGGAGGGCAGUGUUCCCCUGGAGGGCUUCCUGGAGUCCUUCCAGAGAUCCAGGAAGACGUACCACGUUCGGCGGGCUCAAACCGAGAAGAUCCAGGAAUUCACCAAGGCCGAGAGAAAUGCUCAGAAACACUGCGUGGCCCCUGAGGAGAAGGCGGAGCCUCUGGAGCUGCGGGCCAAUGGCUUUGUGGCACAGGCCCCGCCCCGCGUGUUCCAGCUCCGCUACGGGCUUACGCCCGCCAUCAUCCUGCCCCGUUGCCCCCCUGGAUCCUCCCACGGCCCCAUCCAUGCAGUCAGCCUCCCUCCCCUGGACACCCGGCUGGUCCAGAGCCACUCCCAGGGGCCAGGGGCCCCGCAUGCCUGUCCCGGCCAGCCUGUGGGCCUCCGCGUGAUUGGACAGAUUCCCGGCUGGCCCAUCAGGCCUGUGCGGCUGCAGCAGCUCUAUCGUCCCGGCCAGCACCAGCCGGAACCACCUUGCCGAUAGGGCUGUCGCCACCAUGGCUUUUCUGGACCCGUCACCAGGCCGGCAUGCGUGCCCCAAUGGCGACUUGGGGGAUAAAAGCGCCGGGUUGCCCAUACAGCAUCUGAAAAUUCCCUAAGGGAUCCAUCAGCAGCCAGGCAGAACCAUUUCAGAGCUGCCACCAAAGAUCCAGUCGCCAUGGCAACCAGGACACAACAAUGGCUGCUGUUCAAACGUCACUCCCGUCAGAAGCAGCUAGGGGACAUUAGGCCCUCUGUCACCUGGGGAGCAAAGCAAGAGACUUGCAGGGAUCUACGCUUUGGCAGAGAGGAUUAGCCGUGUGGAGGAAGCCACCUUCUGUCUCAGUGGUGAUUAAUAAAGUCCAUGUCAUGGUGUUUGUUACAAACCAA